AGUGCACAGCCACUAUACAAUGACACUAUAGAUGUCACAAAAAAUCUUGGAGAGCUUUGCGAUAGGCCAUGUAGUAAUAAAUAUCGAAUUUGUUAUUUUAAAUUCACAUUGGAAAAUUAUGCGACAAUGGGACCAGCUUGUGGAUCAUGUGGGAGUUUCACUGGUAAUAUCAGCGACUGCUUCAAUGAUCAAUGUGUAACUGCCGAUGGAGUUGAACGUGGAGUUUUAACAAUUAAUCGACAAAUUCCUGGGCCAUCAAUCAACGUCUGUUAUGGUGAUACGCUGAUCGUUGAUGUUGAAAACAUGAUGAUGGGCUAUGACACGACAAUUCAUUGGCAUGGUAUUGAACAGAGAACUAUUCCUUGGAUGGAUGGAGUUCCAAUGAUAACCCAAUGUCCAAUAGGCUCCGGAAAUACUUUUCGUUAUGAGGUUAGUACUGAUAGACUUGGAACCUACAUGUAUUAUGCAUAUUCCGCUCAUCAAAAAGCAAACGGAAUUUACGGUGGACUCGUAGUUCGCCCGAAAAGCGAAAAACGAAAAUCCUUGUAUGAUGUUGAUUCGAGAGAUUAUCUAAUCGUACUUUCUGAUUGGAUGCAUGAAUUAGCAGAAAUGUACGUUCCUGGCUUGAGAACCCAUCAACCUGGAUUGCAACCAACAAAUUUAUUAAUCAAUGGAAAAGGAACAACACGUGAUUUGGGAACAAGAAAAUCGACCACUAGAACUCCAUUGGCAGUUUUCUAUGUCCAAAGAAAUAGUCGUUAUAGAUUCAGAUUGGUGAAUGCAAUGAGCUUUGUGUGUCCAGUGUUAUUGGAGAUUGAAGGACAUAAAAUGACUGUUAUUACGAGUGACUAUGGUGAAUUGCAACCUAUUACAGUAACCCAACUUGUUUCUAACGCUGGAGAGCGUUUUGAGUUUGUUCUCAAUGCGGAUCAAUUAGGAGUUGACUAUUGGAUGAGAUUCAGAGCACUUGGAUCAUGCGAAGCUAAUCAAAUUGAGCAGUACGCAGUGUUGAGUUACCGAGAUCCAAAUGACCCACAACGAGACUUGCAUGCGUAUCCUCAGAGAACUUUUCCUCUUUAUGAUAGUUCCUAUGGCGAUGGAAGUAUGUUAAAUUUUCCGAAAACAACUUGCGGUGAUCCCAGUGACAAUGAAUAUUGCAUAAGCGAUCUUUAUGCAUAUGAUCAAGGAGCAUAUCUAUGGCUUACUGAAACCCCGCCCACUUAUAAAUUUAUUCUUGGUAUCAAAAAUUUAGCUCAAAGUCCUUCUGUGGUUUUUAAAGAGAAUACAUAUGGGAACAUGUUCACAAAUUUACGUGAUGACGUCAUGACUGUAGGAGCGAUCAACAACAUUUCAUUCACAUUUCAGCCUUUUCCGAUAUUGACUCAAGGAGAAAUGAUUGAGAAUGAAAAUGAUGUUUUCUGUAAUGAAAAUAAUAUUCCUGAAAGAUGUGAAUCGCAAGAAAUUUGUGAUUGCACACAUCGAUUGAAAAUUCGAACACAUGAAUAUGUUGAAAUGAUCAUCGUUGACGAAACUGAUAAUGAUUUAAUUAAUCACCCUUUCCACAUACAUGGAAACCCAUUUGCUGUCGUAGAAAUGGGUCAACAUCCUGAUAAUAUUCCAAUGACCGUUGAACUUGCGAAGACAAUGGAAUUUGGUGACAGCAUGUUACCAGCACCAACACCAAGAUCAUUUCCUCUCAGAGACACGGUUUCUAUUCCAUCAAAAGGUUUUGUCAGAUUAAGAUUACGGCCAAGUAAACUGGGAUUUUGGAUGAUGCGUUUUGUAGAAGAAUGGUACAUGGCAAGGGGAAUGAAUCUUUUAAUUCAAGUUGGGGAGACCAAAGAUUUCUACCAAAAGCCCGAGGACUUUCCAAGGUGUCAAAAUUAUAAGCCAGUGCCAGCUAUUUUAAGUGUUAUUAGUGCACAAUCACUUUACAAUGAUUCAAUAGAUAUUACCAAUAAUCCUGGAGAACUUUGCGAUAGAACAUGUGGGAGUGCAGAUUAUCGACGAAUUUGUUAUUUUAAAUUCACAUUGGAAAAUUAUGCAACAAUGGGACCAGCGUGUAAAACAUGUGGAAGCGUCGCUGGUAAACUCAGUGAUUGUUUCAAUGAUCAAUGCGUUACUACUGAUGGAGUUGAACGUGCAGUUUUGACCAUUAAUCGUCAACUUCCUAGUCCAUCGAUUUUCGUCUGUGAAAGGGAUUUGGUCGUGAUUGAUGUUGUAAAUAUGAUGAUGGGUUAUGAGACGACAAUUCACUGGCAUGGCUUCCAUCAGAAGGAUUAUCCUUGGAUGGAUGGAGUUCCAAUGAUAACACAAUGUCCGAUAAAUUCAGGAAAUACUUUUCGUUAUAAGUUUUGGGCUUCUGAAUCUGGAACUCAUUGGUAUCAUAGCCAUUCGGGUCAUCAAAAAUCAAACGGAAUUUUUGGUGGAAUCGUUGUUAGAAAACAUGUAGAGCGUCAUGCAUCCUUGUAUGAUGACGAUUCGUCAAGUAAUUUAAUCGUUCUUUCGGAUUGGAAACAUGAAUUGGCAGAAACGCACUUUCCUGGCUUACGAACUCAAAGUGGCGGCUUGCAACCGGCAAAUUUAUUAGUCAAUGGUAAAGGAACAACGCGUCACUUAGAUGCAAGAAAAUCAACCACCGGAACUCCACUGGCUGUUUACUACGUCCAAAAGAAUCGACGAUAUAGAUUCAGAUUGGUGAAUGCCGGUGGCUUAACUUGUCCCGUAUUGUUGGAGAUUGAAGGACAUAAAAUGACUGUUAUUGCGAGCGAUUCUAAUGACUUGCAACCAACUACAGUGUCUCAACUUGUUUCCAAUGCUGGAGAGCGUUUUGAUUUUGUUGUGAAUGCAAAUCAAUCUGGAGUUGACUAUUGGAUGAGAUUCAGAGCACUUGGAUCAUGCGAAGCUAAUCAAAUUGAGCAGUACGCAGUGUUGACUUACCGAGAUCCAAAUGAUCCACAACGAGACUUGCGCGCGUAUCCUCAAAAUAAUUUUCCUGCCUAUGAUAGUUCAUACGGGGAUGGAAGUGUAAGAAAUUACAUGUUAGUUUAUUAA